GGGCUGGUCGUGGUCUGCGGUCGGAGCUGUAGCGCUUCUCGGUGACGGGCAACUGCCGCAGCCAAUAGCUGGGCUCGUCGCCCUCUCGCCCCGCCUCCCCCCGCGUCCGUUGACCGCCGCAUGCGCUUCAAGCCAGCCGUUGGUUGAGUGUUGGGCUCCUUACCGAGAGCCAGGGGGCUUCUCCUGGUCUGGCCCGCCGCGAUCCCCCAAACCCUCUGCCCCUCCUGUGCGUCUCCGCAGCCAACCAGACUGGACAUUAACACACCCUCCCUCGCCCUCAGUAACCCCGCUCCAGGGAACCCCCGUGGGCCAAAUCGCCGCGAAGGGAAUGGCGGGCUAGGGGCUCCUGCCCUUAGGAUCCCUUGGAAUGACGAGUGUUUGUGGAGUUUGUCCCGAUGAGGAGGGCCCAAGAAGACUUGGGAACUUGUGCGGAAAAUGUCACUUUAGGUGCCUUCAGGUGUUUUUAGUCCCCUGGGGUAUUGAUCAGUGUCCAUAGUUGGUGCUGAUGUUGGUCAGCGGGAAAGGAACGUGAGGACUCAUGACCAGUAUAUCUCAUUUAGUCUUGUUUACUUCAGUAGUUCUCCAUUUCGUCAGGUUUUUUAUUUUUUUAGUUUUAAUCCUAGGUGAUUCUGAUGCAAACCAUUGACAUAGAAAAUUACGAGCUGUGAUUUUCCAAACUCAUAAGCCUCUCUGUGAACUGAUUUUCUAUGAUUCUGUUUUCCUCUUGAGUAUUGGUGGGCACUGGAUGAUGGAACUCCAUUUUCACCCUUCAUCUUUUCAAAGUGCACAUGCUGAUAUUAAAGCUGUCCGGGGUGUCUUAGGGACAUUUGUAUUCACAGGGCUUUUAAAAGCUAGCCAGAGCAGAUCGUUUCAACUGCAGUUCCCUUUUUCAGGGCUGAGGGCGUAUGAGCCAUUUGCAGAACUUACUGUUAGAUACACUCCUGGGAACAAAGCAUGUGGACAGUGCAGCCCUCAUCAAACUCCAGGAGCAGAGCCUAUGUGUAGCAUCACCUGGAUUUAGUGUAAUGCCCAGUGAUGUCCGAACACUUGUGAAUGGAUUUGCCAAGAACCCUUUGAAAACCAGAAGAGAAGGAUUGUAUUUCAAGGAGAAGGACUACAAAUGUGUCCGGGCAGAUGACUAUUCUCUUUAUGCUAAGAGUGAAAACACUGGUGUGGUUGUUGUGAAGACCCAUCUGUAUCUUCUGGUGGCAACUUACACUGAGGGCAUGUAUCCUAGUGUCUGUGUGGAAGCCACAGAGAAAUUGGGAGAAUAUCUAAGAAGAAAAGGAAAUUAAGUCGUCAGAGGACUAUGAAAGACAGCUUUUAUGAUUUUAGAAGAAAACUAUACAUCCUAAAGAAAAAGUAAUGCCUUAUAUUGUGGUUGAAAAAUACUAGGCAGAAGAUACUGAAAA